CAAUCGCAGCCUAUUCUAAAUAAAAGUGUUAACUACAAUAAGAGCAGGAAGAAGAGGCAGCAGGCAGUAAGGAGAUUCAUUAGCAAUGAAGCGCAACGUUGCAAUUUGAUAACGGUAUUAGAGGGAGGGCCGCAGAUGAUUUGCACAGAUUCAUCAUGGAAGAAACGUGAGUGUUGCGCUUUUGCUGUCGCAAUCAACAGGUGUAUAUGAUGAACAAGGCACUGAGAAAGAACAUGAGAAGAGGCAGAAAAGAUAUCCGAAAGCCGAUUAUUAAGCAAUAGUUUUCUUCUAAUCAUCAAGACCACUCGCAUGUACAGAAAAGCUACAGCUUCGCCCCGCCUUUAUUUGUGGCGAUGCAAAUCCCUUCUGUACAACGAUGCAGCCAUCUCAUCUGAAUCUGCACAAGGUAACGCAGCCAGCGGAGAAUAAAGAGAGCUGUGGAGUGGGGGUGAUGUCCCUUUAAAUCGGAGUCAAAGCCGAUUAUAGCUGAUCUCUCUAGUACCGUCUGUUCACUGAUCGUUUUUUUUUUUACGUUUUAAAGUUGGAUUUAUAUUUUUCUAUCAUAAAUUGAAUUCCAUCGCUCAGAACUGGAGUUGCCACUUAUACAUCUCUCCGUUUUUUCGUCUUAAUUUCUGUUUGCUUAUCUUUUGAGAAUAAUCUGAGCUUUAUCACAGUCAUGCCUACUAGUCCCUUCGGCUGAGAGUACAGCACAGAGGCAGCUUUUUGGAGAUGGGUUCCGUAGCCCUGCUGGCGUUUAUAACAACUUUCCCUUUGCUCCAUACGCUGGAGGUUUUUUGAAGGAGAUGGCGAGAUUCCAGUAGGACCCAGACCUAAGUGGGAUCAUGCAGAAGACUGUUCGCUACAAUGAGGGGCACGCUUUGUACCUGUCCAUGGUCGCGCGCAAAGAGGGCACCAAGCGUGGCUAUUUGACUAAAAAGACUGCAGAGAACAGCCGAUGGCAUGAAAAAUGGUUUGCUCUUUACCAGAACGUCCUUUUUUAUUUCGAAAGCGAACAGAGUGCCAGACCUUCCGGGAUGUAUCUAUUAGAAGGGUGUACUUGCGAGAGAGCGCCUUCGCCUAAAGUCACCACAGUGGGCAAAGAAACUCUGGAUAAACAGCAUUAUUUCACAGUAAUCUUCGGCCACGAUGCUCAGAAGCCUCUGGAGCUCCGCACUGAGGAGGAGGCCGAUUGUGAUGAGUGGGUGGAAGCAAUUCAACAAGCAAGCUACUCUGAUAUUAUUAUUGAAAGAGAGGUGCUGAUGCAAAAGUACAUCCACCUUGUGCAGAUUGUGGAGACAGAGAAGGUGGCUGCAAACCAGCUGAGACAUCAGUUAGAAGAUCAAGACACGGAAAUCGAAAGGCUGAAAGCAGAGAUUGUUGCUCUCAAUAAGACAAAGGAGCGAAUGCGUCCUUACCAGGCCAAUCAAGAAGAUGAGGAUCCGGAUAUAAAGAAGAUAAAAAAGGUUCAGAGCUUCAUGAGAGGCUGGUUAUGUAGGCGAAAGUGGAAGACUAUUGUCCAGGAUUACAUCUGUUCACCCCAUGCCGAAAGCAUGAGAAAAAGAAACCAGAUUGUUUUUAACAUGGUGGAGGCUGAGACAGAGUAUGUUCAACAGCUCUAUAUUCUAGUCAACUUUUUCCUGCGACCAUUAAGAAUGGCGGCCAGUUCAAAGAAACCACCCAUUAGCCAUGAUGAUGUGAGCAGUAUUUUCCUCAACAGUGAAACAAUUAUGUUUCUUCAUGAAAUAUUCCAUCAAGGCCUCAAGGCUAGGAUUGCUAAUUGGCCUACAUUAGUUUUAGCUGACCUGUUUGACAUUUUAUUGCCAAUGUUGAACAUUUAUCAAGAGUUUGUGCGCAACCACCAGUACAGCCUUCAAGUUCUGGCAAACUGUAAACAGAACAGGGAUUUUGACAAACUGCUAAAACAGUAUGAAUCCAAUGCAGCAUGUGAAGGGAGAAUGCUAGAAACAUUUCUGACAUACCCUAUGUUCCAGAUUCCUAGGUAUAUUAUCACUCUUCAUGAGCUCCUUGCCCACACCCCUCAUGAACAUGUUGAACGUAAGAGCUUGGAAUUUGCUAAGUCUAAACUAGAGGAACUUUCCAGGGUGAUGCACGAUGAAGUAAGUGACACUGAGAACAUACGGAAAAACCUGGCUAUUGAGAGGAUGAUAGUUGAAGGAUGUGAUAUCUUACUGGACACCAGUCAGACAUUUGUAAGGCAAGGCUCUCUCAUCCAGUUGCCUUCUGUAGAGCGUGGAAAAUUGAGCAAAGUACGCCUUGGAUCCUUGUCACUGAAGAAAGAAGGUGAAAGGCAAUGCUUCCUCUUUACAAAGCACUUCCUGAUCUGCACCAGGAGUUCAGGAGGAAAACUCCAUUUGCUGAAGCAGGGUGGUGUCUUAUCACUUAUUGAGUGCACCCUAAUUGAGGAGCCUGAUGCAAGCGAUGAUGAAGGAAAGGUUACCGGGCAAGUAUUUGGUCAUCUAGAUUUCAAGAUCAUUGUGGAGCCUUCUGAUGCCCCAUCAUUUACUGUUGUCCUUUUGGCACCUUCACGACAGGAGAAAGCAGCAUGGACCAGUGACAUCAGCCAGUGCAUUGAUAAUAUCCGUUGCAAUGGGCUUAUGACCAGCGUGUUUGAAGAAAACUCCAAAGUUACUGUGCCAUUCAUGAUCAAAUCUGAUGCUCGUCUCCAUAAAGAUGAUGUUGACAUAUGUUUCAGCAAGACACUCAACUCCUGCAAGGUUCCUCAGAUUCGAUACGCUAGUGUUGAGAGAUUACUAGAGAGGCUGACAGAUCUGCGCUUCCUGUCCAUUGACUUCCUGAAUACCUUCCUCCACACCUACCGCAUCUUUACUACUGCUGCUGUGGUAAUGGAGAAGCUAGCCGACAUAUACAAGAAGCCCUUUACCUCAAUUCCAGUCAGGACACACUGCCGUUCUUCUGAUCGUUCAUUCUUAACAUCUACCACUCCUGACCUCAGCUUGAAGAUCACAAGAGUACUCCAGGACCCAUCAAAGUCUCUGGAGAUAUUCUUUGCUACAAAUCAAAACAGUAGGAGUGAACAAACAAAUAACAGCAAGUCACCUCGUUUAUGCAGGAAGUUUUCAUCCCCUCCUCCCUUAUCAAUUUCUCGAACAUCUUCUCCUGUGAGGACAAGAAAAUUGUCGUUGAAUUCCCCUGUGAACUGCAAAGGGGCCCUCGACCUUUCAACAUCCUCAACGGUCAGUAGUCCUACAUCCACCUACAAUCCUGCAAUGUCUCCCCCACCGGUCUCUACCAAAGCACCACUGGAUCUUAGCAAGGGACCCUCUUCACCUGAACACAGCCCUGGGCCAAAUGAUGAAAACUCUGAUCUGCCACGAAUUGACCUUUGUGGGAAGUUGAGAAGGAGCAUAAGGAGAGCUGUGCUGGAGUCUGUGUCACUGGACAAGUUUAUUCCAGAGAGCCCUCAGACAAGUGAGCCAGGAGAUAUUUCUCCUUGUAGGUCUCCUUCCACGCCACGACAUCUACGAUAUCGGCAGUCAGGAGGGCAAUCUGUGGAAACAACCCGCUGUUCUGUGUCUCCGGCCUCUGCAUUUGCAAUUGCCACGGCUGGAGCAGGCCAUGGGAGUCCACCAGCCUUCAACAACUCUGAGAGAAUGUGUGACAAAGAGUUUAUAAUUCGAAGAGCAGCAACCAAUAGAGUUUUAAAUGUUCUUCGGCAUUGGGUCUCCAAACAUUCUCAGGAUUUCGAGAUGAAUUACGAAUUAAAAAUGGGAGUCAUUACUCUCUUAGAAGAAGUGUUACGUGACCCUGAUCUGCUCCCACAAGAGAGAAAAGCAGCAGCUAAUAUUUUAAGUGCCCUUUCUCAGGAAGACCAAGAUGAUGCACAACUGAGAAUUGAAGACAUACUUCAAAUGGCAGAGUAUCCAAAAGCAGAAUGUUUUGAAAGCCUAUCUGCUAUGGAGCUCGCUGAGCAGAUCACUCUCCUUGACCACAUUGUGUUCAGGAGCAUACCAUAUGAGGAAUUUCUUGGCCAGGGAUGGAUGAAGGUUGACAAGAAUGAACGAACACCAUACAUUAUGAGGACCAGCCAACACUUCAAUGAUAUGAGUAAUCUUGUAGCCUCUCAGAUCAUGACACAUGCUGAUAUCAGCUCUCGUGCUAACUCCAUUGAGAAAUGGGUGGCAGUGGCUGAUAUUUGUCGAUGUCUACACAAUUACAACGGGGUAUUGGAGAUCACGUCUGCCCUCAAUCGUAGUGCCAUCUAUAGGCUGAAGAAGACCUGGCUUAAAGUUUCAAAGCAGACAAAAGCUCUUAUGGAUAAGCUUCAGAAAAUUGUUUCAUCAGAAGGAAGAUUUAAAAAUCUCAGAGAAACACUUAAAAAUUGUAAUCCACCAUGCGUUCCUUAUCUAGGAAUGUAUUUAACAGAUCUAGCAUUUAUAGAAGAGGGAACGCCAAACUUCACAGAGGAAGGUCUUGUAAACUUUUCCAAGAUGAGAAUGAUAUCCCAUAUCAUCAGAGAGAUUCGUCAGUUUCAGCAGACCCCAUACAGAAUAGACCAUCAGCCAAAGGUCACUCAAUACUUACUUGACAAAGCCCUUAUCAUGGAUGAAGACACUCUUUACGAUUUGUCUCUAAAAAUUGAACCCAGGCUUCCAGCAUGAGCAAGAGAUCACUUUCAGUACUUGUCGCAGGAAGGGCGACAGUUUAAGGAAUGCCUUUAUGAAAUGCAUGGCCCUUAGUAAGAAAGGAAAUAAUGUGAAGAAUCAAAGAGCAUCUUGAAAGGAGCGCUCAACAGAGAGGAAGACCAAAUCAUUUGGCCAGAAGAAAUGGAGGCGGAUGGCAGUAAAGAACCAGGAGCACAGAUAACGUGAAUGGCUAACUAGUGAAAAUUGUUGGCUGAGUCACAAAGAAUCUUUAUGGCUGAAGGAACGAAGGUAGAAGACCAUUUUUAGAAAUGGACAAAACCUGUUUGAUGAAAUAUCUAUAGGAGUGAUGGUGACAGUUUUAGAAACUGCACUGCUUUAAUACAUUCCGCUCCAGAUUUCAUUUUUAAAUCUCUUCACACUGUGACUGAUUCAUUUUCUUUUUAGUUCUUCUGCGCUCAGAUUUGCAAGAAGAGCUCAGGUGAUAAUUUUGUUCAUCCCACACUUGACCCAAAUAAGCACUGAUUUAUGUUUGUAAAUUGAAUGUAAAAAUAAUUUUAGAAUAAUAUUACUUGAUUCUAAUUUUAAAAUAUGAAAUUAGGUGAGCUAGUUAACAGUUAAAUAUGGUUGAUUAUCAGAGUGACUGUUUGCUUUACACAUAUAUUCAUUUUGUAGAAGACAGGAAAACUAAACAACACCUUGAAAUGUUUUUGAAACUUUGCAUGAUGAUCCCUUCAGCCCCUAGUAAGUGCGAUACACUACAAACUGCUCCACCUUUUUAGUUUUAUCCAGGGUAAUCUCAGUAAAAAUAACACCAUAGUCUUGAAGAGAAGGUUUUGUUGACUAUGGAACACUUACAGCUAUUUAAUAUGCAAUGCUUACGUUUAAAUAAUCACAAUGAUUCAUUUAGCAUAAAGACAGAAACAGAUACUAUACUCUAAUUGCCACUGAGUCGCUGGUAGAAACGAAAAAUGUUUUUAGAAGUUUCUUACAAAUGAAAUAGAUAUUUUGUUUUAAAUGAUGUUGGUAGCUGUCAAUAUCAAGAAGCAAGAUGGUUAGCAAAAUGUAUAUUAAAAUAAAUUAUUCUAGUCAUAAACUACUGUGUAGAUACUGUGCAGGGAAGACCAGCUGUACACCUCUAGGAUUCCUCUUUAAAAUGUAAUGAAUUCCUCAUUUCCAAAAUAGAAGUGUGAUAUUUUUAAUCAGUAAAACACAUUGCUGAGCAUGCAUUGUUUAAAUAUGGUAAAUAGUAUCGUAUAUGGGUACAGGAUAUAGCAAUUUGAUAAUAAUGUUUGAUACAGUAGUCUGCCAAAGUAUUAUGGAAAUAGAGACUCAGGUCCCUCCUGAGAAGUAUGUUUCUUUAGAAAACAAGUGGGGAGUCUGUGAUGAUCUGACAUGAACUUGGGGCAGGUAUACUCUAGGUGGUAUCCUGUUGCUUUAUAGAAAUAGAAUCUUAUCUACAUAAAUGAACAUGUUUUAUAUGUGACACCCACUUUUUGAUGAAUAUAACCUUAAAUAGAGACACUUUCAUAUUCAAAUUUUUAGGAUGUCUCGAUGAAACUAAUUGCAUCUAUCCAUAUUGCAUGUUUGUACAUUUAUGAGAAGGAAGAAUACAUUUGUGUUUUUAUCUACAAGCUAUAUUCUGUACAGCUGGCUCUUUCCUUGUCUCAAGAAUAUGUAUAGUUUUGACAUAAAUCUUAGUUCCCAUCAAAAUGAAAUCUUACAUGAUUCGAGUUUGUAUAUGGUCAUUACAUUAACCCCUUGAAAAACAUUCCCAAAUUAAUACAUUUUGCACAUUACAGGCUACUGUUUUAAAUUUGCCUAUGUACAUUUUCUAAUUUAAGUUGCCUCUAUGUAUGGAAUGAAUUAGCUAUCAAGAGUACUAAAUAUAAAAGGGAAAAGAACUUCAGUAAUGUUACAAGAGAAAGAGAAACAAUGGCCUGUUCACAGACAAUACAUGCUUAUUGCAGAUACACAAAAAAUAUGUUAUAUUACAAAAGGAACCCAUAAACCAAACUAAUUUAACCUGCU